GGCUAAAGGGCGGGGAGAUCACCUUCUCGCCCUCCACCAGCUACACCGCGGGGAGCGAGAGGGGGGCGGAUAUGCAUCUCACCUCCGCCCUUCCCGCCAGACUCUAAGUUCAACACUGGGGAACUGGAGGGGGAGGAGAGGGGGGGCGCGCAGAGAGAUAAGUUUAAAUGCUCCCCCUUCUGCCUGGGCUGCAGUAUUUUUCCAGCAAGAAAUAGCUGGAUGCCGGGUAGGACAAAGGCUGGGGAACCCGGUUUGGAGGGCGAAGAGAGGCAAAAAGGUAUUGCCUUUCCCCCCAGACCAGGUUUUGGAUGGGAAGUCUAAAGAUGGAAGAGCCAUGGUGGAAAGGAGACCUUGCAGCAGAGAUUCAUCAGACUUUAAGGUUGAAGGAGCUGAAGCUGCCUGUGUACAAGGCCCAUUCUCCGCAAAUCGGGAUGCGGCGCUAUUUUGCUGACCUCUUGGCCAUCCUCAGCAGCCGCUGCCAGCUCUGCCCCACAGCCCGACACCUUGCUGUGUACUUGCUGGAUCUCUUUAUGGACCGCUAUGAUGUUGCUGUCAAACAGCUCUAUGUCAUCUCGAUUGCCUGCCUCCUCCUCGCAAGCAAGUUUGAAGAGAAGGAGGACAAGGUGCCCAAACUGGACCAGCUCAACAGCUUUGCUUACAUGUGUAGCCUUAACCUGGUGCUAACCAAGAAAGACCUGCUGAAGAUGGAGCUUCUGCUCCUGGAAACUUUUAACUGGAAUCUCUGUCUGCCAACCCCGGCACAUUACAUCGAUUACUACCUCUUUGCCUCCGUUAGCGAGAGCGAUCUUCACAAUGGCUGGCCUAUCACGUCCGUGACCAAAGUCAGAGCUUUCAUGGAGAAAUAUUCUCACUAUUUCCUAGAAGUCUCGCUGCAAGAUCAUGUUUUUCUCUCAUUUCGGCCUUCUCUGGUUGCUGCUGCUUGUGUGGGAGCCUCGCGCAUCUGUCUUGAGGUUUCUCCUUCUUGGACUGCACAGCUCCAGCUGUUAACUUGUUAUUCCUGGGAGCAUCUUGCUCCAUGUAUCGAACUCAUGCUUAUAGCUCAUGAUAAGGACAUCAAAGAAGCCAACAAGGAAAAGGAUCGUGUGAAGCUGUUGCAGCAGCAGCAGCAAGUUGUGGAAAGCCUCACCCUUCAAACCCCGACUCAAGUUCUCUUUCAGCAAUCGCGUUAUCAUCCCCUGGCUCAGCAUUCGGCUGUCGUUCCGCAGUUCCACUCCCCAAUACAGGAUCUGUGCUCAGCUUACCGGGACUCUUUACAAGCUCCUCGACUGAGUGGCCUUGCCUCGGGCCACCAUAGCGAUUCCCUGCAUUCCUACUCCACCCUGCAGGCCAGCUUUCAGCCUGUUUUGCAAACAGUGUCCAUUCAAGGGCCUAUCACCAUGCAGGUAGCCAUUUCAACGGAGCCCAGGCACUGCCUCGCUCUGACCUAUGGCAGUAGCUAUUUUAGCGGGCAUCAUUCUUACACAACAGGUUGUUUUGAUGGAUGAGCACCUGCAGAGGAAGGGGGUGAGACAGGACCAGUACAUCUUGGAAGGAAAACAUUGGUGAUAUGUAAACUGAGUUGCACCUGCCACCAUAGAAAGGAGCUCAAUGGAGCAACUACUUGCCAAUAGCUUGGACAAAAAAAAUCCCUCAUUGAUUUUUCUUUUUUUCUUUUUAACAUUUAAAACAUGGGUGCCUUUCCUGCAGAAGCAAGAUUUUUCUGAGAAGAAAUGCAAAAAUAUACCUCGAAAUUCAUGAUGCUACUUUUGCAAGAGUGACUUACUGAAAUUGGGGUGCCUCCAUAGAAGGGGUGCCAACGAACUUGAAAUAAAUAACACUGUAAUUAAAAACAUUACUCUGAAAAGCAGAAACCUGGAGAAACUUCUGGCCAUCAGAUAUACUUGUAUGAUGGCUCUCCCGUGAACACAGUUUGUAGUGGCAGCUCAUAACACUGGAGCCUUUUGUUGACACUAACAAGGCUUAUAUUUCCUUGAUACCUCUGAAACUGUCACUGGAAUUUUUUUAAUGAAUGUUCCUUGCUGUGCUUUGACUGGAAUUUUCACAGAACAAGACUUUAAACUUGGAACACAAGUCAAACCACUUUUGCCUUAAUUUGUCUGGUGAGGCAUCAGUAGACAAAACACCACUUGGGCCUCAAGUUUAUCGUAUUUUUCUUAAAAUGUAAUCUUAACUUUACCUCUAAAAUAUUUAAGAUGCUGCUGCCUUAAGUAACUAAAAGAUCAUUUUGUGGGAAAACAUGGUUUACAACUUAUGUCAGGGAUUAAUGUUUACUUGAAAACAAUUCAUUGUCAAAAUGUUCUUAAUAUUGCAGGAAUCGCUGCCUUUUAGUGUGGUAUGUUUGGUCUUGCCGUUUGAGUUAAUUAUCUAAAUAUGGACAAAUGUGUGUGGAAGGAGUUGAUUUUCUUUUUAAAGGGAUCCAUGAGUAAGGGAACCUGAGGUAACCUUGGAAACUGGUCAGUCUUAAAAGCUGCAGUCCUUGAACCAGAGUUGAGGCUGUUCAUUUACAGCCUGCGAAGACAUUAGGCUACCGUUUAAGCAAAGGCCUACUGAUAAUUUUUAAAAAUCACAAUGUCACUUAAUAGAGACACCAUUUUAGCUCUUGUACAUCCAAAGGCUUAUUCUCUCUCCCCCUCCCUUCCCCCAUUACUUGAGAGUGGAGCCACACGUGGUGGAGAAAGCAAAGGAUUCUUGAAGCCUGUGUUUUACUGUGUAAACCAAAUCCUGAGCUGUAAGUGAGGCACUUGCGGGGACAUAAAACAGGGAGUUGCUGCUUACCCCACCUACCAGUUCCCCCAUGCAAAUGCUACUCCGAAGCCAUUUAAAUUUCUUCCCCAUUUCCUAAGAGGUACCAAAAUCAAAAGUGAAGCCUGUCUGAUGGGAAAACAGCUGAUGUCGAGGCAGGUGUAGAGGGAAAACUCAAUUGAUAUGUGACACGUACUCAACCCAGCCACUUAGAUUUUAUUCCUGUUCCCACACACCACAUUUGCAGUACCUCUGCAAAUGCAGAUUUGGGAACGGAGGGUUUGCCAGAUUAACAUGAUGUUUUGCCUUAAGUCCCAUUGAUUCAUUGCAGUUUAGUUCCACUUAUCUGUACUUCAGGAUCAUGAACUUAACUAUACUGGUGCGAUUAAGCUUCCCGCAGGAUUUCUGUGGGUUUGGUUUUUCGAAGAUUCCUGGUAGAAUAUGAAGUGCUCACUUGAUAUUCAGCUGUUUGUCCUGUUAGUCACUGAAAGCCAGUAUUGUUUGUGAAAAGGGUUCUCAGGAUUGCAAUACAGACUAUGUGCAAUAUAUUGCUUUUAUUCUGUCUAGAGUCCAGUAUGUGUGUGUGUGUGUGUGUGUGUGUGCGCGCGCGCGCACGCUAUGGUAGGAUGUUCGUCAUUCUGCUUUUUAAGUUAUAUAAUUUUUAGAAAAAUAGUUCAUGAGAGGGUUGAGUUGGAUUUUAGAGUGCAGAAUUGUGUUUCCCCUUUUCAGAGGAAGUAUGUUGGUUGGGGACUGAUGUCUCUAAAGUAUACUGUAGUCUGGGCAUGUCACACUUUAAGCAAAAUGAAAGUAGAUGUUGUGUUCCCUUUUUGUUACAGAUUUAAAUGAAAAAUGUUUAUGCAAAAAAUUAGAAUAGUAUCCGGAAGUUUUCUUUUUGUAUUUAUAUACGACUUGGUAUCUACAAUAUUUUGUGUGUUGUAAGCAAAUUUUAACCACCUAAUUGUGUAAAUACUACUGAGGAAGCUCUGGUUGUAGAAUCCAAUGUGUUCAUUUUAUUAGCCUUGCAGAAAAGCCUCCCCCGCCCCCAUUUGACAUUCGUAAGUAUCUCCAUCUUACAGUAGGUUAUUCAAUAAACACAGUGCGAAAUA